UCGCUCACGUGACCGGUUGAGCUCGAUUGUUGAUCUUACCACGAAAGUUUGCAUGGCUUCUAAACCACGCGUACUGAUAUUUGGCGGCUGUGGCUUCAUCGGAAGACAUCUGGUCACUUAUCUAGUCGAUAACAAAUUAGUAGAGAAGGUUAGAGUAGUAGACAAGGUUCCUCCGUCGAUGGCUUGGUUCAACGAGAAGGACAAGGCAACGUUUAGAAACUCCAUUGUUGAAUUCAAGUCUGCAAAUCUUAGUGUUGAAGCAAACGUUCAAAAGAGCUUUGAUGACCCAGAUGGAGACUACAACUAUGUCAUAAAUCUAGCUGCGGAGACAAAAUACAGUCAAUCAGAAGCAGUCUAUGAAGAACGUGUUUACAGAGUGACAGUCAACUGUGCUCGUGAGGCAGCCAAACGCAAGGUCACUCGUUACAUUGAAGUUUCAACAGCUCAAAUCUACAGCUCAGUUAAAAAAUCAAGUCACGAACAUUCAAAGUUGGAUCCAUGGACAGAAAUAGCAAAGUUCAAGCUGAAAGCUGAAGAAGAGAUAUCGAGAAUUCAAGGGUUGGAUUAUGUUGUUUUACGUCCGGCCGUCGUCUACGGAAUUGGAGACAAACUCGGAGUCACUCCUCGGUUGAUUAUUGGUGCUGUGUAUCGAGAGCUCAAAGAGACCAUGAAGCUUCUAUGGGGCAAGGACUUGAAAAUCAAUACUGUCCAUGUCCGAGACGUUUGUCGAGCCAUAUGGCACGUGUGUACUGAAGGAAACUCACGAGAGGUCUACAACUUGGCAGACAAGGGAGAGACAGAUCAAGGGCGGAUUAGCUCUCUUGUUGCACAGAUUUUUGACAUUAAGCAUGAUUACUAUGGAUCGUUGACGUCAGGCCUAGCACAGCUGAGUUUGUCCAGCAUUCAAGAAGACUCAAAUGAGAAGCAUUUACGUCCAUGGUCGGAUGCCUGUAUUCGAGACAACGUGAUGAACACACCCUUAAGUCCUUUCCUAGACAAGGAGCUCUUUGCUAAUAAACAUCUUCAUGUGGAUGGAAAGAAGAUUGAAUCUACGGGAUUUGAGUAUAAAGUACCAGAGAUGACAGUCGAGCUUCUUAAAGAGAUUGUUGAUGAUUACUUGGCACUCGGUCUCUUUCCACCAUCCUUGCUGCCUUCAGUGUGAUGGCUUUUACUUGAACUUUACCUGGGAUAUUUGUGAUUUUGAAGCUUGAUCUAUAUUUUAGACAGAUAGUUUCAUGUCAUUGUCAUCAUCAGUUGAUUUGAGGAUGUCAAAUAUUAUAUCAAUUAUUGUGAGGGUA